GCGCGUCGCGAGCCAUAGAAACAGUAUACUACAAACAUUUGAACUGUGAACGUCAAAAGUGAAUUCCUGUGAAGAAAUCUGCAACUGAAUACGUUAUUUAACGUAUAUAGCUACCAAGUAAUUCAGUCAAAAUGUCUCUGAUACCGUUGCUGUUCUCCAACUGGUGGGAAGAACUGGACCGUCCACAUCAACUCUUCGAUCAGAAUUUUGGUUUGGGGUUGUAUCCUGAGCAAUUAUUGAAUCCAAGCAUCCUCGAUCAAUACAUCUUACCCAUUCGAGAUCGAAGAUUGAGAAGCCCACUGAUGUACUACAGACCAUGGGGUGAACUCCUGCGAAAAGGCGGGGGAGGAGGUACAUCUACGGUAAAAGCGGAUAAGGACAAGUUCCAGGUAAUUUUAGAUGUUCAGCAAUUUAAACCGGAAGAAAUCAACGUCAAAAUUGUUGGCAAUUCUGUGAUCGUCGAGGGAAAGCACGAAGAAAAAGAAGACGAGCAUGGUUGGAUCUCGAGACAGUUUACCAGGAAAUAUUUGAUUCCUGAGCAAUGCGAUGUCGAUCAAGUAACAUCUAGUCUGUCGUCUGAUGGUGUACUCAAUAUCACUGCGCCUAGAAAGGACGAACCGAAGAUCCAAAGCGAAAGAACUGUUACUAUUGAGCAGACGGGUAAACCAGCGUUAAGGAAAGCAGAAGAAAAGGAGAUGAAGGAGGAAGAGAAGAAGCAGGAAGAGAAGAAGCAGGAAGAGAAGAAGCAGGAAGAGAAGAAGCAGGAAGAGAAGGAGGACGAGAAGAAAGAAAAAUAAAGCCUAAAAAAUGUGUUAAAUUAUUAAUACAUAUUUUUCUGUUUGUGUUCUGUUCCGUUUUUAUACAUGGCAAAGCGCAUUUUGUCAUGUAAUUUGAUUUUUGUACUAUAAGUUAAGAUUUUUUUUUUAAAUAAAAUCUUCGAUAAAAUAUAA